CAAUACUUGGGGUGGCUAGCUAAAUUAUAUAAAAUCGGACCACAUUCGCCGGUCCUCCAGGUUGAAGGUUUUGGUCGGCCUGCUGCUGACAAAACGGUGUUCGGUUGUGACGAAACUUGCUUCCCAAAAAAGAUCUCCAGAAAACCAGCUGCAAAGAAUUACCAACAGUAAACAAACGCUACCACACACAGUACAGGGAAGUCGCAUAAAGUAAAUUAACACUAUCCUGGCUGAGAAGGUUACGCAUAUAGUGCACUGCGGUACGAUUGAUUCGUUUUUUGGUGGAAUAUUGAUUGGUGAUUCCGUGGACAAACGUGCGGAUUGUGCGGAUGCCUAGCAUGGAGCAAACUACUGCAGCAACGUGAGAUGAGCCAUUGCCACGAGCAUCAUCGUUCGUGAAUCAUUUUGGAAAUAGAAAUUCGGCCAUCAUAAUCGGUAUAAUCAGAAAGAUCUGGUGCCUGGAUAUUCGAUGUGCUGUGGUACGACGACGAGUUCUCCGCUGCUGACCCCCUUUUCUCCGUACAUGGAUACAUGGCGUAUUGUAAUCGCACGCUCGCUAUUAAGGCCGUUUUGUUUGCAGGAGUUUUUCUUCUCCUUCUGUACCAACUUAACUCUAGGUUGGAUAGUAGCAGCGGUAGUGCCAACCGAUACCCACACCUAAAGCUGGGCGCAACCCCAUGGCCAAAGCGAACUCACGGAAGCACAGAGCUACACCCGUCUACUCCCACGGUACGUAGCGAUGGAAAGGACACGAUCACGAACGAGCAGCAUCACAGCAACGAUGACCAACUUCUAAACAACGAUUCCAAUGGGUUCGCAUCGGGUGCACCCAACCGUGUGGGGCCCGAACGAAAUCAAACGGUCGAUUUGGACGUACAGCACAAUAAUAGUGAACUUAAGAAUGUGAUACAAAACCUUGCGAAAGAACCAACCAAACGCACAGGAGCAGCAGCAGCAGCAGCUACGGUAUCUGAACAGUAUGAACUUAACGGUGAUAAGUCGAAUAGUAACGUUUCUUCGAACGUAACUCCUAGUACUAAGUCUGGCAGCUCAAAUAGUCAUUUUAGCAGUAGUAACAGUAGUAUAGAUAAUGUAGGCAACAUCUCCGGGUUCAAUAACGUAAAGUCUGAAAAGGAAAGCAUAGCCAGCAACAAAUCAGCACACGAAGCAGUUAACAAUGUUCAAGCGAAUUCCUCAAUCGUACCGGCACCGAAGCUGGACGCACCUGUGAAUAUGUUACCGAUAGAGUACGGUACUGCUAGAGAGAGACCCGACAGAUUGGACGAUUUAUCGGAAAAGUUUACCAUAAACAGCUGUCCGCCAAUCCCUCCAAAUCUUGACGGACCAAUCGAUGUGGAUGUUGCGUUUGAGCCAUUGAGCGCGGUAGAAAAGCGGUUCGCUUUCAAACUGCAGCCCGGUGGCCAGUACACGCCACCGGACUGUACGGCACGGAACCGUGUCGCCAUCGUGGUACCGUACCGUGAUCGUGAGCAACAUUUACCGAUCUUCCUCAAGAACAUACACCCAUUUCUGAUGAAGCAACAGCUUGAGUAUGGCAUUUACAUAGUGGAACAGACUGCUGGAUCGUCGUUUAACCGUGCGGCGCUCAUGAACAUCGGGUUUGUUGAAGCGAUGAAACAAAGGAACUGGGAAUGUAUAGUGUUUCACGAUAUCGAUUUGCUUCCAAUGGAUGAUCGUAAUCUUUAUACGUGCCCGGACCAGCCGCGCCACAUGUCGGUUGCUGUCGAUACCUUCGGUUUCAAGCUACCGUACAGUACCAUCUUCGGCGGGGUGUCUGCAAUGACGGAGAAACAGUUUCGCAUGGUGAACGGAUUCUCCAACUCGUUCUGGGGUUGGGGUGGCGAAGAUGACGACAUGUCUAACAGGUUAAAACAUGUCGGUUUCCAUAUCGCCCGGUACCCGGUCAACAUUGCCCGUUAUACGAUGCUAAAUCACAAAAAGGAAAAGGCCAAUCCCAAACGGUACGAAAAACUGGUCAAUGGUGCAAAACGGUUCGAUAGCGAUGGACUUAAUUCGUUGCAUUAUCAACUGGUAAACUUAAUACGCAAACCUUUGUACACCUGGAUUCAGGCAGAUAUUUCACCUGAAGGUAGCUGAUGAUUGUCAUUUCUAGCAGAUUGGCUAGGAUAAUUUAAAGAACAAAAAGGACAGUGGUAACCACUGUCCCAAAGAGGCCGAGGGAAUCGCAAACAACCAGCGCAAUGUAGAUAUCGUCGUGUCGAUGUGUUUGUGUAUGAAGCAGUAAGUAAAACGUUUGUGUUGAUAUGCAAAUGUAUCAUGCUACUCAUAAUUUAGCAGACAGGGAAUGGUGCAGUUUAAAGACAAGGUGAACCUAUUUCCAUCCAUUCAUUCAUGGAACAAACGUAACCAACAACAAAUCAAAGCAGAAUUUUUAAGCGCAGCAAAACAUUAUUACUCCAAAAAAACCCCGAAAAAUAAUCCGCGUCAUCCUGUUUCCUUCGUUUGGGGAAAGUGAUACAACUAUAUAGUAAGAAGUCCAUCGAUCCCAUAAUUCGUAUUUAUUUAGAAAGGCCUAAUUUAAGUAGCGUUUUAAGCUGUAGUUUGAUUCCUGAUUGCAAAUACUCUCGAUCCGUGAUCACGUGCUAGUGGGGGGGUUGGUACUUAGCGUUGGCAUACACGUUUCCUAAAAGGCAUGACUAUUCUUAACGCACAGCAACAAAAUAGGCUCGAAAAGUGUACAAUGAGUGCAAUGUUCAGAUUUUGAGGGACAACACAGUUUUUAGGUAGAAAUUUGUUGUGUUUUCUGUUUGUGUUCUGAAGAAAAGGACUUAAUUUUCCGAAUGUUCGAGUUUAAUGUUUCCUCACGUUAAAUAACUUUACAUUAGGUAAUUCAAAAAUGAUUCUCUUGUCUGUGUUAUUUAGUGUAUAAUAAUUAGAGCCGAAUGCUGCAAAACUACAGACCCAGGGAACGUAAACAAUUUCUAACACGCUAGUUAAUUUGUUAUGGAACGUUGAGAAAAGGACGUGAAUUGGGAAACGAAGUUUUUGAAUUAUUUAAAGAAAAAAAACUAUUAUUUCUCACUGAUAUUUACCGCGAGAUCUGAUCUUUUAGUAUUGGAAACGUGUUUGUAAAACAAAAUAAGCGUGAAAAAGUCGUAUAACAAUAACAAAACGGAGCUUUACUUACGAACGUAUAUAUGCACAAAUUACACGAUUUAGGCAAUUAAUUCGUUAUGAUCAAAAUGUUAAAAGCCGCAUACAAACACACACGGGCACAAAUGUUUCUUACGUUCCGUCCGGGCAAGAACAUUUAUCUCUACUGCGCAAAAAAAUGAAAGAUGAAAUUUAGAAAGCUAGAAAACAGGAACAAAGCACUUUGCGCUAUAUCGGUAACCAUUGAAUACGUGUGAACGUUAUCGAACAAAAUGUUACAUUGGUUGGUGGUGCUUCUUAAUACACCGUUUAGGUUCUUAGUCGAGUACAAGCAAAUGGCUGGUGAUGAAUUUCUAAGCCUUCUGCCACUUCAAACAGUUUGAUUAGUGCAGAACACGGACGAAAUGCUUUCAAUCAUCGUAAAAGUAUUAUUAAUAGAGGAAAUUUCAAACAGCUCGGGAUUUCGCACGGUCACGUGGCUCCACUAUUAACCCAUGUAUCUACCUUUUUCGAAUAUAGUCCUAAUUAAACUCCAUACCAGCCUCAUACCGAAAUAGAAACUGCAAACAAACAAACUAGCUCUGGAGGAUCCAAUGUACAACGAUACAAUAUAAGGAAGACAAAAACUACGUUGUAGAGAAUGAGGAGUUGUCUUUUUUUCUUUCGGGAGAGUGAUUAUUACAAAUCCAGUUCACCUGUUAGGUAGCAUUAUUGCAAAUUAUUGUACUGGCUGUUGAUUCCACUUAUUAUUACAGCGAGCGAGAGGCGACUUACUCCCGAAUGAAGAAAGAAUAUCCACAGAUAAGCUCUCGUUUCAAAAGUAUUCCAACCAUCAAGUAUCUCUCGACAUGAUAAUCCACAAUUAUUCUUAAUAUUACGGGCAAAUGUAAUGUAGGGUCUAGCAGCGUCUGUUUGGAGCUCCUCUUAUUUCCGUGAAGAUACUCUGAAAAUCGAAUUCAAACAAUAAA